AUGUCUUAAGAUCAAGUGAUAAGGUUUUUGUCUCUAAAUGGAAACCCUAUGGAAAUAAAAAUUCAAAACAAUGAUAAAAUUUUUUAUAGAAGCAUUUCAAAAUGUAGAAUUAUACUUUUAAUUUAGAAUUUGCAUAAAAUUGCCCUGAGGAGUUUAUUGCCGUAUAUGAUAUAAAGUAAAAUAAACUCAUUAGCAAAUUCCUUGAUAAGUAAACUUUUUAUUAAAUAUAAUAGAUUGGAAUCAAAUACUACUUAUAAAUUGUUCAACAUGGGUUAAGCAGUGAUUUUAUUAUAAACGAAGGAGUAAUUAAUAGAAUAAUUAAAUGGAGAUAAUGAGAAAUUCAAAAAAGAAAAUACUAAAUUGAAAGAUGAAAUAAAUGAUAUUAAAAGUAAAUCAGCUUAAGAAAUAAUAAAGAUAUAAUAAGAAAAUAAAAAUCAAUAUGAGACUAAAAUUAAUGAACUUAAUUAAAAAAUAAAAGAAAUUGAACCAAAACUAUUAGAGGCAUAAAAUAAAAUAAAGGAUUAAUAAAAAGAUUUAGAAAGUGCAAGAUAUGAUUUAUAGAAUGUAAAUUCUAAGCAAGAAGUAUGGAAAAAAGAGUUUGAAAAAUAAUUAUAAUAAAAGUCUACAGAGAAUCAAGAAUUAACAACUUAAUGUAUGAAGUAAGUAAAUGAAAUCUAAAAUUUAAUGAAAUCAUCAAUGUAAGAAAAAUAGAAUUUUUUUUCAUUGCAAGAAAAUUUCAUUGCUCAAUAUUCAUAGGUAACUACAACUCUAGAUAAAUGGUAAUAAUAUGCGGGAUAAUUAGAAUAUGAAAAAAAAUAAAUUGAAUAAGGAUAAUAAGAUUUAGGAAGACAAAUUUAAGAUUACGAGAGAGAAGUAAAGAGAUUAAAAAAUAGAUUUGAUUAAUUGGAUACAAAUAGUAAGGAAGAAAUAUAAUCAUUGUUACAGGAUAAAGAAAAAUUAGAAUCAUAAAUAACUAAGUUAAAGAAGGAUUUAAGGGAAUCAGAAAGUAAAUAACAAGAAGAAUUAAAAAAUUAAAAACUAAAAAUAGAUUCAUAAUCAUAAGAAAUUCUUGAUUUACAAUUGUAAAUAUAACAAGCUACUCAAAAGCUGACAACUUAAAUAAAUAAAAACAAAUAGAUGACUGAGGAAUUAGAGAAGGUAGGUUAAGCAUAGCAAAAUGGAUAAGUUAAAGCAGAAGAGAUAUAAAAAUUAUAAAAAUAAAUUUAAUAAGAAUAAGUAUAAAAUGAAAAAUUAACUGAAGAAAAAGAAGGGCUUGAAAAUAAGAUAAAAGAUUUAUAGAGAAAUUUAAAUAAUUGUCAAAAUUUAAAUAGUGAUUUGACUUAUAAGGUUAAUGAUUUAGAAAAAUAAUUGAAAACAAUUUAGGAUGAAUUAAAAUAAGAUUUGAAUAAAAAAUAAGAAAAAAUUGAAAAAUUAAAUAUAGAAAUUUCAUAAUUAUUAAAAGCUAAAGAGGAAGAAUUUAAAGAAUUAAUAAACAAAUAAGAAGAAGAUAAUAAAUAAUCACAAAAGAAAUUAGAAAAUUCAGAAAAUGAGAUUUCAAGAUUGAAAGAAGAAUUGACAAAAGUACUGAAUGAUAAAAAAGUAAUUGAAGAAGAAGCAGUAAAAUAAAGAUAAAGUCUUUUAAAAUAAAUUAGUGAUUGUGAUACUAUAAUUUUUAAGAAAGAUUAAGAACUUGUUGCAAUAUAAAAUUUAGCAAUUGUGCCUACUUAUUAAUUUAGAAUAUAAAGAUUGGUUGAAUAAGUGCCAAGAGAGUAUUUUAAAGAUAUUGAAUUUGCAAUUGAGUCCAUGAUGUUAGAUAAGGUGAACCCAGAAACAUUUUUAAAGGAUAAUUAAGCAAAAUGUUAAUAAUUAGAUUUUAAAUUGAGCCAUGUUCUAUUACAUAAACCCAAGGCAGAAGCAACUCUAUAUAAUAUUAGUGAUUAAGAUUACAGAUAAUGUGUUACUAUUAACAAUAUUGGAGAUAUUACUGGUAUUUAAUGCUUUGUUCCUGUUAAUUCAAGUGAUUAAUCUUUAGAUCGAUAUUUUCUUUUUAAAUGUGUUAAAUGCCCUUCAAAAAAGCAACUUGAAGGCAAAAUUUUUGGAAUAAAAUAAUGCAAAAAAUAAGAUAAUGAAGAAUUAGAAACAAGAGAAACAGCUAUUGACAAUUGUUUAUCUACAGUUAUUGCUUAAGAUUUUAUGAAAAAAUUCACUCAAGAAUUAAAUGAAAAAAAUAUAAAAAAUGAAUUUGACUUCUAAUUUAGAGAUUAAUAUAUUAUUGAAACAAAAAAGGAUUUUAAACAAUAUUUAUCAGAAUAAAUAAAAGGAUAAUAACUUGUGCUUUAAAAUGAAGGCAUUAAAAAUUAUGUAGAAUUUAUUGAAGCUUUGAGUGGUGAAUAAUCAAAUGAAUUUUAUGAUUAUACUAGAGAAUAUUAAUUGGAUAAGAAACAACCUAAAGAUGGAAAUAUUAUGUUAUCAUUUUUGGAGGUUCAUAAAGAGAAGAAACUUUUGGACAUUUAUAAUAAAUUUAAACCUGAAAACAUUAGAAAAGAGCUUAAUCAUUUUAUAGAUUAUAUUGGAGGAAAUCUUAAAGAAAUGCCAUAAAAGCUUGUAAUAUAUAUAUAUAAUUAUAUAGUUUUAUGCCAUUUAACAAAUUGAGAUAUAACCUGAUUUCUAAAAGUAUAAUGGAGGACAUAUGAAAUUUGAUACAAGUCCUCAAGGUAAGUUUUUAUCUGCAUUUACUUAUUAUUCAAUUAUUAAGAGUUAAAGAUAACUUUGUAUAUCUCAUUUGUAAGGAGUAAAAAAUUAAUUAUAUGAUCCAUUGGUUUCAACUUAUGAUGGCUUUUUGGAUAAAUUGGAUUAAGGAUUUAAUGAAAUAAGAACAGUAGAAUCUAAGUUUUUAUCUGAACCAAAUGUUAACAAAGGAAUAGAAUACUUGAAGGGACUUGGUAUAAAAUGGAGUUGAAU